AUGUUUGACAUUUGUUACAAUAAGUCUGAAGCAGCAUUGGCAUUUGGCAUGAGCCAUCAAUAUGACGAUUGCGUUAGAGUUUUGAUAUUUAGCGCAACUGGAGAUCGAGAUGCAGAAGUUCUUCUUGAACCUUUAAAAGAUAUAGAUUUUAAAAGUGUUUAUUUUGUUAUUCCUAAAGCAAACAAAGAAGUUAAUAAGAAAGAUGAUAAUUACUCCAUAAUGGAACAAAAAGAAUUACUAUUAAGGUGUAAAAGCUAUGCGCCAAUUUGGAAAAAAUUAAACAAUAGAUCACAAACAAGUAUAUCGGAAUGUGUAUCUGAUGUCCUAAUCGAUAUUAAAAAGAACAGUCCGAGAGCUUCUGUAUUGGUUACCGGUUCAUUACAUUUAGUUGGAGCAACUUUAUCGCUUAUUGAUCCUAAUUUAGGUGAAGAAUUAAUGAAA